AUGGUGUUGUAUAAGAUUUUGAAUGAAGCUCCAGCUGAAGCAGCUAAAGAUGGCUCUGUUCCAGCUUCCACAGUACUUCCGCUAACCCCACUGGAUGCCAAAGAUGGAUUUAUACAUCUUUCUACUGGGGAUCAGUUAGAAGGCACUCUCAAUGCUUUUUUCAGCGAUAGUACCAGUGUUGUUCUUCUCUAUAUCGACGCCCCAAAUUCUAAAGAAUCGCCAAUUCUGGAGGGCAAGACCGGCAAUCGUCCAGACAGCAUUAUAAAGUGGGACUGGGUGGAAUCUCGUAAAACCUAUUUUGCUCAUAUUUAUGGGAAUCUCACAAAUGGUGACAUCACUAAAGUGGUCUCUAUAACAAAAUCUGGAGCACGUUGGGAGAAUCUCGACCUUUAA